AGCUCGUUGUUGGAUUGGGGAAAACGCUUGGAUAUUAUUUGGGGAAUUGCUCGCGGAAUCCUUUAUCUACAUCAAGACUCAAGAUUCAGAAUCAUCCAUAGAGAUCUAAAGGCCAGCAAUGUUCUACUGGAUGCUACAAUGAACCCAAAAAUUUCAGAUUUUGGUAUGGCUAGGAUAUUUGGAGGGGAUCAAAUUGAAGCAAACACCAAUCGAGUUGUUGGAACAUAUGGUUACAUGUCACCAGAGUAUGCAAUGCAAGGGUUAAUUUCAGUGAAGUCUGAUGUUUAUAGUUUUGGGAUCUUAAUGUUGGAGAUCAUCACCGGUAGAAAGAACAGUAAAUUUCUUGUUGAAGAUUCUGCCUCUUCAUAUUUGGUUGGACAUGUUUGGAACCUAUGGAAUGAAGGUAAAAGCAUAGAGAUAGUUGACAAAGCAUUGGGUGAAUCAUAUCCUGCUGAUGAAGUAUUGAGAUGCAUUCAAAUUGGGCUCCUGUGCGUGCAAGAACAGGCGAUAGAUCGGCCAACUAUGUCCGCAGUUAUUUUCAUGUUAGGUAAUGUCAAUGGCCUUCCUUCUCCAAAACAACCGGCUUUUAUUGGGAACAAAAUCUCCUUCGUGGCUGGCUCAUCGACUAGUGAAGGAGUUGGUUCUGUAAAUGAGGUGACAAUUAGUAUGUUUCAAGGGCGCUAACAGCAAGCUCCUUGUAAUUUUGGACUGACAGAAACUAUAUCAAGCGAACCCCGUUAUUUAUCUGAUUCAAGAUUAAAUGGGUAACACUCCUUAAUAUAUAGGCAGAGGAGAAGCUUGUGUCAGAGUUUGAAGAAGGCAAGAGAAGCAGAAAUAAACUGCCAGAGAAUGCCAAGAGAAAGAGAAAGAGAUGCAGAAAUGUUUCCUGUAUUCAAUUGUAUUUUGUGUGUCUGUACAAUGUUCAAUGUAUACACAUUUGUAACAAUAAAGAAAGGAAAUACAAUCAUGCCAUAAAGGCCUAAUCACACUAAUUAUGCUAAUGGAAUAUUCA